GGGAUUGGAGGAAUCAGCAAUGGUGUUGCCAAGAAGGAAAGUCUAAGUAUGGGGGAUACCGAUACAGCUAGGUGUAUCCAGAGAUUGAUUGGAAGAUUGAAAAGGGAUCAACAAGAGAGCGGUGAUACUGGCAAGGGAUUUCGUUGGCUCAAAUAUGGGAACUUUAGAUUUCGACUCCGAUAUCUGAUUGGGUCAAUGGGUUGUGAGGUCGGGAGGAAAGAAUGUUGAGGUGGCAAAGCCAAAGUUGAGGAUUACGGUUCCAAGGUUUGACAAUACGGAGCUCAUUGCGAGUUAUUCCAAAACUCUGAUUGGAAGGUGCAUGAACCCUCACAAACAAGAUAUGAAGAUCUUGUUGUUCAUGCUCCCACGAAUCUGGAAUGUGGAGGGACGGGUAGCUGGUGUUGAUCUCGGGCUUGGAAGAUUCCAGUUUGCCUUUGAUCUGGAGGAAGAUAUCACGGAGGUGCUCAAGAUGGAACCAUUCCAUUUCGAUUAUUGGAUGAUCUCCUUGGUGAGAUGGAGGCCUGUGCUGGAGCCCAAUUACCCAUCAAAGAUCAUUUUCUGGGUCCGAGUUCUUGACAUUCCGCUGCAGUUUCGUGCGGCUGAGACUCUUCAAAGCGUGGGAGAGGCUAUUGGUGUGGUCCAGGGUCCAGUGGACCUCGUUGGAGGAAGGGUACGUGUAGAGGUGGAUGGUUUCAAACCACUGGUGUUCUCGAUGGAGAUUGAUUUUGAGCAAGGUGUGGAGAUCACGGUGGCCCUGCGGUAUGAAAAGCUUUUUGGCUUUUGCAGAGAGUGCUCUAUGCUCACGCACGAGCAGGCUCGAUGCCCCAGCCUGAAGAAGGAGGAACCUGUCAAUGUUACUGGGGGAGCGGGUGAAGAAGGACCAGGGGAGGGUGGAGCCAAUGUUACAAGUUUUAAGGCUGCGGUUGUUCAUGGCUCGAAAACACAAGGAGAUAGGAGAGAUAAAGGUAAAGGUAUUGCUCGUCAGAAGCAAGGGCCUUAUCGGAAGGAAGAUGCUUAUCACCCCUACAAGGAAAAGUUUUCAAAAGGUUAUGGUGAGGGGUCCUCUUUCAAUGGAAAACACUCAGGUUAUGGGAACAGGAAGUUGGGUCCACAGCCUAGAGGUCAAGUUAUGAAUAAUGGUGAAGGUGAGACUCUCUCCAAAAAUCCAACGAAGCUAAUGUCUGAUGCCUUUAAAGGGGCGAGACAUGGCUCUGACAUGGGGGCUCCUCCGGUGGUCGCCACGACUGAGAUGGGAUCUGGCUCUAAAGCACGUAAGGCUCUGUUUACUGAGGAUACGGAACCAGUUGGCUCGAUGGUGUUUCUCGAGCAGGUUGAGAAGGGUGUGGUGGAGGCAAUGGUUCUGACGGAACCAGGGGAGAUUGACGCGGAGGCAAAGGAAGUGGAUGAACAGAUGUUACACUCACAGGCUCUGGAUGAGGCAAAUUUGAUGGUGGAAGGUGUGAUUCUGUCAGAUACGGAGUUAUUGCUGGAGGAUGGUGAGGAAUUAGAGGAUUGGGAACAAGGAGAAAUUAUGGAUUUUCCUGAGGAGGAGGGGGAGGCGACAGUUGAGAUUCAAGAAGAGGUUAAACAGACUGAUCAGGUUCCUGUCCAGAUAGAAAUGGAAGAGCAGAUGGAGGGGAACGUGGCUGAUGAGAAGGCAAUGAAGAAGAAAGGAAGUAAGCCAGAAACAUCUGCGGCAGGAGGACCGUCCAAAAAACGUGGUGUGCCAGGAUUUGUCUCACCUCGCAAGAAGCUCUUGGCGCUGGCAGCAGCAAAGCAGGGAGAGAAAACAAAGAAGGCUCCCAUAAAGCCGAAGCAUACGGCUGCGUAAGGUGGUUGCCUUACUGGUUUCUGUGUUUUUUAAAUUGUUUCAAUAAUGUUGGAUUCCCAUAUGAAAUCUAUUAGCUUUAAGUCUGGUGUUGAGGGCAGUACUUGCUCUUUUAUUUUUCUUUCUGGUAGUGUUUGGAUGAGGCAGGGGUCUGUCUUUGUUUUGCUGACUACUGAGUGGUCACAGGAAUUUAAUAAAACUUUAUUGAGUUGGUAUCAGUGUGAUAAAGGUGUUAACAGGAAUUAUCGUGUUCUGAUAUAUGUCGCUCAGUGUACCAUUGUUAAAUAUUUUUUGGAGGAACUGCUUAGCUUUCUGUACAUUGUUUUUAUGGUUUUGGAACAUUUUAAUCUGAGAGUUUUAAAUGGUUUCUGUAUGGAUAAGAGGGAGACACGAGACCUGAUUCACAUUUGGGUAAUGGAGCUACAGUGGUAUAGUAAUGGUGCUAGGAUGGUUUUAUUAAAUUUGGUAUCCUGGCUGGCCUCAUUAAUCCAGUUUCAGAAGCUUAUUUGGUGUGAUCAUGGGAUGAGAGAAGUUGGAAAUAAUAUUGUUGACUUCACAUUGAGGAUCCAUGGUGGUAACAUGGGUGAAAUUGGACAUACUGCACCGGGAUUUCGGUCGUAUGGAGGGGAUUAUGUUGCUUAUUUUAUAUGGUUAGCACUAUUUAAACAGGACCUGAACCGUUGGGUUUGGCGCUUGAACAAAGUCACUUUUAGUUUUUUUGU